CCUCUGCGCGCUCUGCGCUUGGCAGAGGCCUCGUCCCUUGCUAUUGGCGUGUAAGCACCCGCCGGGCGGCAGGUCUGCUUCGGAUCGGGCUUUUGUUCGGCCCCCUGGGCUCGGGGCUGGGUUUUCGCCACCUCUGUCCCGGCGGAGGGGCGCCGCCCGGGUCCUCGCUGUACCGCGGGGUCGCUGCGCGCCGGGCGGGCGCGGUCUGAGGUUGUUGGCCCGAGAAGCAGGCGGGCUUGUUGCAGCUAAGCGUCCCUUCCGGUUUCGGAAGGAGAAGCAGAGCUUUGUUUUGUUUUUCGGUUUCUUUCUGUCUCGGUCUUCCGCUCCUUGGCCCCCCUGCGACCCAGCGGAAUUGCCUUGCGCUCCGCCUUCGAGCGCCCAGGCCUGUGUGAGCGCCGCGGCCCGCAGCAUCUUGGAAUCUGUUUGCAUUUGUGGUACUUAAGAGUGCCUUCCUAGAAAAAUGGAAAAACAGAAUUAGAGGCGUGAAUACCUUGUGGAAGAGAUUAAAAGGUAAAAUUGUAUUUACAGGAUCUUGCUGCAUAGGCAAAGCUGGCCUCAAAGCUGUGACCCUCUUUCUCCAGCCUCUGAUGCUGGGGCUACAGAUAGGGUCUCUCCACAUUGUCCAGACAUUUUCACAGUCUUGUUUAGCUUCUUCAGUAGCUGAGAGUAAGAUUUAUGACAUUCAAAACCACAGACUUUACAAUACUGCUAAGUCAGAUCAACUAUGAAUUGGAAUACAAAACAAGAGAAUGUUCCCAAACCCCCACCAUAUUCUAAAACCCAGUCAUCUAUCUUGCAGCAUUUUUUAAUGACUUCUACAACAUCUCAAAGUUCUUUCAACUAUUCUCCCCAUAACCAAGAAGCAUCUCAAACUUCUUUCAACUAUUCUCUCCAUAACCAAGAAGCAUGCAUGUAUUCUGGGAAUUCAAAUUCAGUUUCACAGCCACUUCUGAGCGGCAGAAAUUAUAUAACUCCUCAGACUCAGAUCUCUGUUUCUAAUAUGCCUACCAGAACAAUUGUGGCCUCACAGUCUUCAAUGGAAAGAGUUGUAUCUACAAAUGGUAAAGGACCACAACAACCAAACCACAAUUUGCAAACAGUGUCUUCAGGAAUUAUGCAGAAUGUCUGGUUGCCUUCCCAUACAGAAGCAACCAUAUCUCAUAAUCCCGACGGAGGGACUAAUAUGCCUUACAUGCAUCCACCACAGAAUCAGCUUGUCACAUCAGAUACCUAUUCUAUGCAACUACAAAUGGCUCCUUUACAUUCUGGAAAAGUACCUAUGACACAUCAAGGAAGUCAGGGACUUAAUCACUUCAUACCAGAUCAGUUGGUUGACUGGACACAGUAUACAUCCAACGAACUUUCUUAUCCUGAAUACAGGCCACCUCCAAAGCAAUACUCCUACAUACUGCCAGCUACUACAUCAUUACAAGUUAAAAAUAAUCAGCUCCCAACUUAUACACAGAGCUUACAGUCAAAGCAUUCUGUACCUUUGUCAUCACAUCAGUAUGCUGCAGAAGCCAGCAAAAGACUCUCUGCCCUUCCUUACAGCUGUAGAUAUGAAAACCAACAUGUGCAGAAUGCUCAGCCUGUUUCUAAACACUUGCCUAUGGAAGUUCCUCAGAGUUCAGAAGUGCACUCAUCUGAAAAAAAGAAAGAUACUUACAGAGGCUUUAAGCAGCAGUGGCAGAACCCUAAUGAGAAAGUCAGCAUUGGACAAUUCUCUGAGGUGAAAAUAAAUAUCAAGCAGCCUUACAGUGAAUCUGUUAGACCUUCUGGGGAUGGUGUUCAGGCACUUGUUCAAAAUAAUCAAGAAAAAAGAAAAUAUACCUACAAUCCUAAUACAAAUCAAGUAAUAGAUACAAAUGCCACAAAAGAAAAGCUGGUGAGGGAUAUUAAAUCUCUAGUAGAAAUCAAAAAGAAGUUUUCAGAACUUGCAAGAAAAAUUAAAAUUAAUAAAAGUCUUUUGAUGGCAGCUGGUUGUAGUAAAACAGCUAAUACUUCUUAUACUGAACCAAUUCAGCAUUCUGAAUUUUCAGCAAAAGAAAUGUCUGCUAAAAAUGGCAAUGACUGUUCCAUGGAAUUGCUAGCAACAUGUCUUUCUCUUUGGAAAAACCAACCUUCAAAAACCACAGAAGAAAAUGUUCCAAAACCUUUAGAAGAAAAACAGUGUAACACAUCAAGAAUCAGUACAACCGUAGUGGGCAGUGCCAAUCCCACAAAUGAAGUUCAUGUUAAGAGUUUGUGUUCUGGUGUUGGAAAUUCUCAGAAAAUGAUGAGCUCAUCACAAACAGUAUUGCCAGUUCUCAUACCGAGCUGUGAGUCUUCCGGUGUAGCUGUAGGAAAAGGAACAGAGCUUCAGAUUGCUGUGGUGUCGCCUUUAGUUCUUUCAGAUACUAAUACCUUACCUGGAAAAGACUCAGUGCCUGAAGUUUUACCUGAAACACUGUAUCCAGUUGUUAAGGAAGGUAGUGUUUGUAGCUUACAAACCCAACCAACAGAAACUGUUGCUUUACCUUUUGAUGUUAUAGGAGCUGUAGCAAGUAAUAACAUAUCAGCAGAGAUUCCUCUGCCUGUUGAUAAGGAAAAGCAGCACAAACCAAUACAGGGUGAUCCAGACAUAGCUGAUAGCAGCUUAGGAAAACACUCUCCCCUGGGCACUGAAGUUCUGCCUAAGCCUAUGGAUAGCACCAUUGUGAGUGGACCUAUGUUACAAAUCGAAAGUAUCUGUUCUCUUGCAGAAGGGGAUGUAUCUUACAAUUCCCAGAUAGCUGAGAUAUUCAACUCUGUACAAACUGAGCCCCAGAAACCUUCACCUAAUCAGGUAAUUGAUAGUCAACAAGAACAAGUAUAUGAUACCACUGAAAAUAAAGACUUUAGCUUACAGAAAGAUAAGUGUGUACAGUGUACAGAUGUUCCUCAUGAGGUCCCUGAGCAGCCAGAGCCUCUGCAGCCUGAAGAGCCAGCAUCUAGUGAGUAUGUGGAAGCAAACAGAGAAGCCACAGAGGAAAGCUGUAGGGAGUACACUGGUAGAAAAGAAAGUACAGCUAAGGAUGUAUGUUUACCAGCUGCUAUUCAGCAGGAUCCUCACCCUCGGGAAACUGAUAUGUUCAGUAAAUCAGACCACAGUCUUCCUGCAAUAAAUGAGAUUAAUGAUGAAAGUGAACCUAUCUCAUACCUACAUGACCAGCUGUCAGAGCUUUUAAAAGAGUUCCCUUAUGGCAUUGAAACUUUUAACAGACAUGAAGUGUCUUUGGACCAACAAAAGACACAUAAAAUCGUAGAAAAUCAAACUGGUGGUAAAACUAGUAAUGUGUCUGGGGAUAGCACAGACCAAAUAAAAAUUACAGUAUUAAACUCUGAACAAAUCAAAGAACUAUUUCCUGAAGAUGAUCAGCCCUGUGACAAGUUGGCGGAACCUGAGAAUAAAGAAAUUGUUGCGGAAGUAAAGAGCCCAUGUGACUCACAGAUUCCUAGAGAAGAAAGUCAUGACCUUGGAAUGUUGGAUCCAGAGAAAGACAAAAUCCAUUGCUGUGCCUUGGGUUGGCUCUCAAUGGUGUAUGAAGGUGUGCCACAGUGUCAUUGCAGUUCUACAGAAAAGAAGGAGAAAGACCAGUGUUUGGACAUCAACAGCAGCAAACAAGGAGAGCAGCCCUGCAAUAGUGGAAUCACUAUUUUUGAAAUUAAUCCUGUUUCUAAUAACUCAAAAACUCCUCUGACCCAAGCAACUGAGGAAGGCCAUUUUUCUGCAGUGCAUGGUGAAAAGACCAAAGCAUCUAAAACAAAAGACAACAGGGAGGGACAGGAAUUAGCCUGUCAUUUUUCAGCUAAAUGUUACAAAAAAGAUAAAAAAGGUAAUUUUAAAAUAAGGCAUGAUACCUCACUGAAAAUGGAGCAAAAACUAAAAAAUAUUUCAUCUAAAUGUGACAUACCAAACCCCUCAAAAUGCAAUAAGAUAGCAGCCCCUGAAAUACUUCACGUAACAACUUCUAACUCUGCUAAAAAUAUGCCAUUUUCUAAACAAGCCUCUCAGGAAAGCCUACAGAAGAAACACACGUCCCAAGACUUGGGUCCAGUAAAAGCACCUAUAGAACUUUCGUCAAACACAGAUCCGUGCAGGAGUAAUACCUCUUCAGUACAGUCAGUAUCACCAGAAAAGAAAAAACUAAAAUUCAAAGCAGGUGGCUCCAGGUUGAAAUAUUUUGAAAAAAGAAAGACGGAUCACGUUAUUAUUCCAGAUGUAGAAAUAAAAAAGAAGAAAUAUGAAAAGCAAGAACAGAACAAAAAUGCUGGAGACACACUCAAAUUGUGCAGUAUUCUUACAGAGUCAAAUGAAAGAGCCAGUGUUCAAGAAAAGACAGUUCCAAGUCCUGAGUCCUCAGACCCAAAGGGUAGCUCCUCUAAGAGUACUAGAGUUAUAACAGUGCAGGAAUAUUUACAACGGCAGAAAGACAAACAAAUAACUGGGAAUAAUGCUUCCAGAAACAUCUGUGUAGAAACUGUGCUAUGUGACUCGGGGCACACGAAGACCAGUAAGCAUUCUGCAGCAGUAAGCUGGGGAAAGUUAGUUGAGGGGCAGAGUAUCAGUGCAGAGACUGCAAAAGAACUGGAACAUAAUUCUAGCAGCCAUGGUAAAGACUUCAAGAUCCAUCACUCUGAGGCGUCUAGAACACACAGUGUGUCAAAUAAUAAUAAAGGAAAGUUUGAUGGGAAGCAGCCUGAUAAAAUGUUUAAAAAUAAGACCAGUAUGAAUAAUGAGUCCAACCAGAUGCCUCUCCAGGUAAAAGAACAAAGGAAACAGUACUUGAAUCGAGUUGCGUUUAAAUGCACAGAACGGGAAAGCAUAUGUCUCACCAAAUUGGAUAGUGCAUCCAAGAAGCUUAGUAUAGAGAAAAAGAGUGGGGAAUAUACAUCUAAGACAAAAGACACAGACAAACCUAGUAUGCUGGAGUUUAAAUUAUGUCCAGAUGUGCUAUUGAAGAAUACAAGCACUGUUGACAAGCAGGAUUGUCCUGGUCCUGGUCCUGAGAAAGAGCAAGCACCUGUGCAAGUUUCAGGAAUAAAAAGUACAAAAGAAGACUGGUUAAAAUGCAUCCCUACAAGGACAAAGAUGCCUGAAUCAAGUCAAAGAGAUAGUGCUGACUCAAGACUUUCUAAGAGAAGCCUCAGUGCAGAUGAAUUUGAAAUACUACAAAACCCAGUAAAAGAAUCAAAUAUCAUGUUCCGGACCUACAAAAAGAUGUACCUUGAGAAGAGAAGCAGAAGCCUCGGGAGUAGUCCAGUUAAAUAGUCCCAGGAAGUCAUGGUUUUUGUUUUUACCAAGAGAACACCCCUAGUCUUUUCUUUUCAGGCUCCCUUGCAGAAAAUACCUCAGGACAGUCACAUCGGGAUUUCUCAGCCAAGGAGUUCCUGUAUAGCUUUUCACUGAUACUAUGUGACUGAAAUGUUGGAUUAGCUGCUGGUGAGCAGGCAAAAAGAAAGAUUGCAUUUGUCUGGGAAUUACAAAGUGUAUGCUAAUGAUGCAGUGAUCUGCAUUGUUGAACUGUGUUUACUGGGUUUUUUGUUUUGUUUUCUUUUUUUUUUUUUUUUUUUGAGACAGGGUUUCUCUGUAGCCCUUGCUGUCCUGGAACUCACUCUGUAGUCCAAGCUGGCCUUGAACUCAGAGAUCCACCUGCCUCUGCCUCCCGAGUGCUGGGAUUAAAGGCCUGCACCACCACGCCUGGUUCACGUUUACUGUUUUAAGUCUUGCUGGCACAGUGGUGCAUACCUGUGACCCUAACAUUUGACUCGUGGACACAAGAGGAUCAAGAAUUCAGGGUCAUUCUCAACAGAAUAGUGAGUCUGGUGAAGUCAGCUUAGGCUACAUGGGAGCCUCUCUCUAAAAGCAAAACAACAGCAACCAAAAAAGGGGAAUGAGGGUGGCUUAUACAAACCUUACUUUGAAAUGCUGUCAUCCUGAGGUAACUUGGUUGUUUGACUGGGGCUGUAAAUAGAUUCUUGUUUCUAAGCACAUUAGCAAAAUUUAUUUUUCAGAAAGUGCCCAUUGUGAAUGUCAAAGUAUAUUCCAAGUAUUUUGUACCUCAUUGUAAAGGUUUUUUCAGAAGUCUUGUUUUAUACUUUUGUUAAAGUGAAUGGAGUUUUUGGAAGAUGUCUUAACAUUACUUUUCAUACUUGAAAUAAACAUUUAUUUUUUAAAGAACUACA